GUCUUGCUACGCACGACCGUACCAGACGUCAGCAGUGGCUGCUGCUGGCUGCUGCUGCUGCUGUUGUUGUUAUUAUUGCACAGCCUCAGCACUGUAGUACUGUAGGCAACCAUAACAACAGCGGCAACGAGGAAGGCGCCAGCACAAUCACUUUGGUUGACAGCAGCAGCAGCAAUAGACUCGUAACGUAAUCACCGUGUGCCUGUGCUGACUCCUCCAGUGACGUGCUGUGUUGUGCGUGCUGGUAGUUAGUCUUGGUGGUGGUGGUUAGUCGUGGUGGUUGUUGUUGUUGUUGCUGAAUCCGGCGUGCGCCGUGGCCUGGCGCCGCCAGCUGUGCUCGGCAAUGUCCGCGUUGUGGCGAACGACGACGAGAAGGCGACUUGGCCAUUGAACGCCAAGCUGAGCGUCGUGUCUCCGAGACGUCCCCCUUUGUCGUCCGCUUGACACGAAGAAGACGACGAGGACGACGAGUCGUGUAGAGAGUCCCCUGACUACGACGACGACGACGGUGGUGGUGGUGGUGUCUUGGUCUCUCUGCGGUGGGACGUGAGAGAGACGAGACGGAUCAAGGGGGGGUGGGGGAGACCUAAUAAGGUAGGGGCGUUAUGGCGGAGGGUUCCUCAGGCAUCCACAGACAUGCCCUCCCGGUGGCGUAAAUGAACAGCACGUCAGAUGUCCACAGCGGAGGAGAAGCCAGCCCCUUCCUCUGAGCAUGGGGGAGACCAGUACAGGUCCUGUGUGGAGUGCGGGAAGCGAAAGCCCCUUCUGUCGGAUCUGUCACGAGGGCAGCGCCCAAGAGGAGCUGUUGUCCCCAUGUGAGUGCACCGGCACCCUGGGCUGGGUGCACCGGAGCUGUCUGGAGCACUGGCUGGCAGCCUCCAACACCAGCUACUGCGAACUCUGCCACUUUCAGUUUCUGGUUGAGCGCAAGCCACAACCGUUAACGCAGUGGCUGAGGAACCCCAGUCCCAAACAGGAGCGAAGGACUCUGCUGAGUGAUACAUUAUGCUUCCUGUUCAUCACACCACUGGCCGGCAUCUCAGGGUGGUUGUGCCUCCGUGGGGCAGCUGACCACCUAGAAUCUGGCAACCGCAGUCAACUCGAGGCCGCUGGGCUCAUCGGACUAACCGUAGCUCUGCUUACGAUUUACCUCUUCUGGACAGCAGUUUCUGUACGCUAUCACAUACGACUGUACCAAGAGUGGAGGAAGACGCACCACCGAGUGAAAUUGCUCACACCGCGACCCACUGGCCUGCCUGCCUGCCAGAACCCCUUACUGGGCCCUCGCCAGCCAAGCAAGCGGCUUUCUUCAGAGACUGUAGUCUGAUAGGUAUGUGAGGAAACUUUCAGAAAUCUUUUUUCAACUAUCAACACAUGGCGAACUUAUGUUCCAACAUUGACUGACUAUUCUGGGGAAGUCCUCUGGAACUGCCAGGAAUUCAAGUCAACAACAUGUGAUAACCAUCUCCUGCAGCCUAAACAGAUUGGACUGUAAUGUCAUGCUGUGACAGGUACAUUUGGGUCAAAGUGGUUGAAAUAAAACAUGUACUUGUGGUUUAUCAGAUAAAAUAGUUAACAAGCUUGCGCAUGUAUAGCAACUAAUAAGGGUAUAUGGUUUACUACUUUUUGGGUCUUUCAGUAAAGUCACGUAGAAAGAAAAAUAAUAAAAAUCACGACGUUUCAAUCGCAACACAAGCAAUCGUCUUCAGGUGUAUUUUUUCACCUGAAGAUGAUUGCGUGUGUUGCGAUCGAAACGUCGUGAUUUUUCUUAUUCUUUUUUACCGAAAGACCCAAAGAGUAUGAAUUCCUGCAGUCACGAAAGCUGUAAGUCAAGAUUUAUAUGGUUUACUUUUAAAUGUUACCAGAAGUAGCAAUUAAGUUUUCCAUAAUGGCUGACAGUAAUAUUUAAGUUUAUUAUUUGAAAUAUAACAAGUCAAACAAAAUUGUGGAAUAAAAUGCUCAAUGUAGUCAUAAGCAUAUCAGACCGAAAAUUAGAAUUUUAUAAAAUAUAUAUAAACAUUUGCUUUUUUUAAAAGCCUUCAAAAAUCUUUUCCCUAUAUCAUUGUGGCUUUACAUAGAAGUACAUAAAAGUUAUAUUAACAUAUUUUGGGAAGUACAGUAAAUGUGUAACUGCAAAUGUAUAUUUUGUAUUGCAUUGUUUAGACUGCAUUUAUCAUUUAUCAACUUGUGAUCUUUAAUACUUGGCCAAGCAUUUUUUUAAUGAACAUUUUAAAUAUAACCAACAUAAACCAGGAACAGCAGUUAACUAUAAAUUAAGCAUUUAAAAGAAUGCAAAAAUACAGAAAUCAAAUAAUUAAUGUUUGAUACAAAAAAUCGUUUCAACAUUGUAUCAAUGAGCAUUACCAUUUGUACAUUUUAAGGUAAAACAUUGGCACUCGUAAAGUUUUGUAAUCUUUUAAUAUUUGCAAUGUUUGGAAUUUCUUAAUUCUGCUGGACCAAUGGGAUAAACCUGCUUGCACAUCAGCCCAUUGACAAAACCGGUCAGUUCUGCAUUGCAAUAGUGAAAUGAGUUAAUAUUCUAUUCAAAUACAUUUGUCCAACUUCAUUACAUUUUGACAAAUUAAAAUUCCAUAGAACAAAAUGGCACAUAUGUUUACAGUAGCUGGAAAUGUCAGCAUCCCUAAGUAUUUGUGACAGGGUUAAAUAUAAGUUAAUAAGAGGGAUUAUUUGGAUAAAGCCACUAAAUUUGAGGUGGCUUGAUCGCUUGGGUCAAGAGCACUAGGUUGGGCACUGCUGGGUUUGUUUAUAGGCAGCUACCUGUGAUUAAACCACGUUCAAGUGCAGAGUUCAUGGUCUUAGUCCAAUCACUGCAUAAAAAAUGAUUAAAAUGAAAGCUUGGUUUUGCACUUAAUUUUGCUAAAUUCCAACCAGAAAAUAAAAAUAUUUGGUUUGUCAUGUGGUCAACAGAGUAUCUUUGUAGCAGGGUAUGUGGAAAAGUGCUGCCCCCUAAAGGUCACUUAGAAUAAAUUCUGUAGUAUCUCCUUUCGGACCAAUCUCUUAACAUUGAAUUACGUUGUUCUACAAGCGGUCUUAAUAUUUCUGAUUAACAGAACUGGUUUAAGUCCAGAAAAAGAAAACAAACAUAAAGCACCAAGUUACUUUGUUUAGUUAUGAGGAGAUUGAAGACAAAAUUAGGCAUAUUAAGCAAAUUGACUGCUCAACGUCUGGGACAAGUGUUUUCCACUGGACCACGUGAUUUAAGGAAUGUUGCCUCCAUUGAUUAUUGCUAAUUUUUAGCAAUCAAAAGUUAUGAAAUAACAAAAUAUCCAUGUUUAAAAUCUAUGCAUGUUGUACAUUAAUGCAGAUGCUAGUACAUUUUGCGUAAUAUCUUAUUAAAAUGCAAUGAGAAACAGACAAUGUAUUAUACGCAUAACAGUUGUGGAAAGUUUAAAUAAAAAUCCGUGACUUUUUUUGCAAUUUUAAAUAUUGUCACAUGAGUUGGAGUAAACUUUGCUUGUAUUGUGUUUUGCCACUGCAAACUAAAAUGAUAAUAAAUU